CGAGUUCCUCCCGGGCUUUAAAGAGACGCCCAUAUGAAUAGCGCACUCGGCUAUUCAUGCUUGUGAGAAGGCUGAUGAAGACUUCUAGUUCAUGAGACGGACGUGCGCCCUGCGGAUGACAAAGACAUUCGAUGUUUAGUCGGGAGGCUACGGGUCUGGCGGAUGGCCUACCGAGCCAGGGCAUAGAAGACCAACAAAGCAAGCAUAUGGCCUUGAUUCAGCGCCUCACUAUCGACCAUAGUAGGCUUCGGAAGGAGAACGAAGCGCUGCGUACCGAGAACGAAAGCUUGCGACACAGCUUUUCAAGCUUACGCCGCGGAUCCGGUGGCAUCUGAUCGUUCUGGGUUGGUAGCCGUGGAGAGUUUGUACCUGGUGACUCGGCUGUUA